UUGAACUGACGACGUAAAGAGCUGACGAACAGAGUUCUCUUCGUUUGAGACUUAAUACAUAUAGAGAGGAAAAAGAAAAAAUUGCAUUUAAAUUAAAUGCAUAUACAACAAACUGGUUCUGUACCUUAAAGCUGGUAUCUAAAGUGUUUAAAAAAUAAGAAAUACGCGAAUUAUAUUUGGACAAAGAACGUGAAACGCUGACGCUGGUGAAUUUAACUGAGUUCAUUGCACGUUACAAGUUGCGAAAAACGAGUAAAAUACAAAGAAUACAAAGUGAAACGACCUCGCAUAACAUACGCGCGCCAAAGGCAACAACAACAACGACAAAAAUAAUCAAGCCCACACCCACACAUAUAAAAAUAAGCUGACCACCGCCUUAUUAACUUAACAGCAACAACAACAACAACUGAAUAUGGAUGUGUGGGGUGUUUUUGUUGGCGACUCGACGCUUUCUUAUGGCGGCUCAAUGCGCAGUGGCUAUUACCGGGAUUAUGAGCAGUUUCCGUAUGGCACACUGGAGCACUCCACUGCCGCUAGCACUUAUCCGGCCAAGGAUUCCUACAGUCGUGUUCAAGCAUCUAAAGUCGGAGAAGUAUUUUUGACAUUGCAUUGCAGAUGUGAGCCAAUGGACUGCAAGUGCAGCAGCAGCAGCAGCAAGAGAAAGCAACAACUACAAAAGAAUUUGUUGUUGGCACAAUUGCGACGUCGAGGCGCUGAUAACUUAUCAAGCAUUAUUUUAUUUUAGUGCAAUGUAAAUAAAAAUAAAAAAUACAAACUAAUAAACAACACAAA